GAGAGCUGGACGAGGUCAAUGACGUCAGAGAGACAUACGGCGACGAAACAAGACUUCGCUCACACAGCACUGACAACUCUUUUUGACUGACGGAUUGCAAGCGUCCGACUGAACGGGAUUUUUGGCCGCACCCCUUGCACAAUGGAGACGGACAAGAUCGCCGACGACUGCACGCCGACGUCUCCGCAGCACCCAAUGACGAUCCUGUGCGACGGCUCCGUGCGGAAACGGGAGCACUCGGUGCACUACCUGUCACAACGGGAGCUGUGCCUGCGCCAGUUCGAGGGAUGGGGCGAACAGGACCAGAUAGAGUUCGUCGAGCACCUGCUGGCCCGCAUGUGCCACUACCAACACGGCCACAUCAAUACGUUCCUCAAGCCAAUGCUCCAGAGAGAUUUUGUCUCGCUGCUUCCAAAAAAAGGUCUGGACCACGUAGCAGAGAACAUCCUUUCAUACCUGGACGCCGAGUCGCUUUGUUCGGCCGAACUGGUGUGCAAAGAGUGGUACCGAGUGAUAUCCGAAGGCAUGCUCUGGAAGAAGUUGAUUGAACGAAAAGUACGCACUGACCUGCUGUGGAGAGGGCUGGCGGAGCGAAGAGGAUGGAUACAAUAUUUAUUCAAACCAAAGCCUGGCGAAACAAACAGAGUCCAUUCUUUCUACAGAUCGCACUACCCAAAAAUUAUUCAAGAUAUUGAGAGCAUAGAAAACAACUGGCGGAUGGGCCGACACAACUUGCAACGUAUCAACUGCAGAUCUGAAAACUCUAAGGGCGUCUACUGUCUUCAGUACGAUGACCAGAAAAUCGUCUCAGGUCUCAGAGACAACACCAUCAAGGUGUGGGACAGGAGCAACCUCAACUGUGUCAAGGUGCUGACUGGUCACACGGGCUCAGUGUUGUGCCUGCAGUACGAUGACAAGGUGAUAAUCUCAGGCUCGAGCGACUCUACCGUUCGGGUGUGGGACGUGGUCACUGGCGAAAUGGUCAACACGCUCAUCCACCAUUGCGAGGCCGUCCUCCACCUGCGCUUCAACAACGGCAUGAUGGUCACCUGCUCAAAAGACCGCUCCAUUGCCGUGUGGGACAUGACUACUCCUACGGAAAUCACGAUGAGACGGGUGCUGGUCGGGCACAGAGCCGCGGUUAACGUUGUCGACUUUGACGAGAAAUACAUCGUUUCCGCCAGUGGAGACAGGACCAUCAAGGUGUGGAGCACUUCCUCUUGCGAAUUCGUUCGUACGUUGAAUGGUCACAAGAGGGGAAUCGCUUGUCUCCAAUACAGAGAUCGACUGGUGGUCAGCGGCAGCUCGGACAACACCAUCCGGCUCUGGGACAUUGAGUGCGGUGCUUGUUUGCGCGUGUUGGAAGGACAUGAAGAGUUGGUCAGGUGCAUCCGCUUUGACAACAAGAGAAUCGUCAGUGGCGCCUACGACGGCAAAAUCAAAGUUUGGGACUUGGUAGCCGCCCUGGACCCGAGAUCGCCAGCCAGCACCCUGUGCCUGCGUACUCUUGUGGAGCACACGGGUCGUGUAUUCCGGCUGCAGUUUGACGAGUUCCAAAUCGUGAGCAGCUCUCAUGACGACACCAUCCUUAUCUGGGACUUUCUCAACUCCAGCGCUCCGCCCGAAGGCACUGCGCAACUACCGUCCAGCGCUUCCUCAAACAACAACCGCAGCCCCUCACCGUUUGAUUGAGGACCAAUUGACUGAAAGCAGCGGUCCUGUGAUACGCCCAGAAGCGCAAACGUCCUAUUAUUCAUCAGUGUGUGUGUGUGUGGCUCCUACAGUCUUGAAGGAAUUCAUUUUAAUUGCCCGUGUAGACCCUGAGCAGUGGAACCAAGUGUGGCCCUUUGUGCAUUUUUGCAGACAACACAUUCCAAGGAUACUUUAUAAAUCAUUAUACACCGAGAGUGAGAGAACAUUUCGAGAGGAAAAUCUGUGCUGAACGAAACAAAACGUGUGACUAUCGAUUUAUGCUUUUGGGCUUAAGAUCUCAAACUCUACUGGAAAGUGUGCUGUUGUAACUUUUUAAUAUUAUGAGAAUAAUUUGUACGAACGUUGUGUUGGGCACAAGUCAAGUGCAAUUUUUCAUUUCGCAGCUUGCUAUCGAUGUUUCCCUAAUAAUUGUGAUGUAACCUGAUUGAUUUUUUAUUCUGCCAAAAUACGUGUAAGAUAAUGAGGAAUACCUGCGCUCGCUCGGCCGUAACGCUCUGUUUGUUGUUUGUACAUAGACACCAGUAAUCAAAAGAACUAGCAAUUUUCAUUUGGCAAAAAUACUCUGUGCUUAAAAAGUACCAUCUUCGCAGAUUAAACUUACUUGUUUAUUUAAUACAUAAUUGCAAAGAUUUGUUUUUGAUAGAUUAAAAUUGUUAUUUCUGCAUCUGCAAAGGUAGCCGGUAAAUGAGACAGUUGUUUGUACAUAAAAUUGUUGGGAGCAUGUUAGUAGGACAUUUAAUGAGCUUUUUUUCAUGUUCCCUCUUGUGAAAAGUGUAACCCAAUCAUUGUAUUCUGUGUUCAGACCCUUGUGCAUUGAAGAUGGAAAUUGUCCACCAAUUUUUUUUUCUGGACAAAUACGGCAAAUACGAUGAAGCAAACCUUAAAUUGAUGAAUAUUACUCCGCAAAAAGACUCACUGUCUGAUAUCUGAACAUUGGACAGCAUGUGACUUGAAAAGUUAUAGAAUAAAAAAAGUUUAAAUUAA